AUGACGUUGGUGCGUGAGCAGGCAAACUGGAAUCCGUAUUCUUUGUUCGGCACGGGCGUCCGGGUGGUUCAAUUCGAGGACGUAUUCCAGACGCCAGACUUUCAUGAAGUGUCCGAACUCAAGCGUCAGUCCGCCGGCCGUGAAAACCGUAUGAUGCGGUGGUAUAAUGACCAGGCCUCCUGUGGCUUCAACGAAGGCGAAGGUAUGACCUCCGACCAAUUGGACCGUAUGGUCCUUGCACUUAGCAAAACUUAUGAUCUGAGCGAUAUCGCCUACGAUUCCAAGUGGACGCCCUGCACUGAAGAAUGCAACCACUCCAUCAGCCGGAAACAACCCUGGUUCAAAGCAGAACCCCUAUGA